AUGGUCAAAGUCAGUAGCACCGUGUCGUCAUCGCGGCGCAAGAGCCGUGCCGCCCACUUCAAGGCCCCCUCUAGCCAGCGUCGCGUCAUCAUGAGCGCUCCUCUCAGCAAGGAGCUUCGUGAGAAGUACAAUGUCCGCAGCAUUCCCGUUCGCAAGGACGACGAGGUCACCAUUGUUCGCGGCUCCAACAAGGGUCGUGAGGGCAAGGUCACGUCCGUAUACCGUCUCAAGUACAUCAUCCACGUCGAUCGUGUCACCCGUGACAAGGCCUCCGGCCAGAGCAUUCCCCUGGGCAUCCACCCCUCCAACGUUGUCAUCACCAAGCUCAAGCUCGACAAGGACCGUGAGGACAUCCUGGCCCGCUCCAAGGUUGGCCGUGAGCUGCGCGCCACCAACAAGGUCACCGCCUAA